UGCAGCAUGGUGUGCUUAAGAGACUUCCAAACACAUUUAAAAAUCUGAACAAUCCCAAACUUUUAAGUGGUACUGUACAUAUUGUUGCUUUUUUUUUUUCUCAAACUAAGCAUUAUUUACUGUAGUAAUCAACAACUUGCCGCAGAUACAGAGCUUGGCUUGAAUGUAACCUGUGUUGUUCCUUUUUAUAUGAAACUUCUUAAACGGUGCAUGUGUUUUGUUGUUUAUUUAGUUGUGCCAUUUUGUUAAUAAUAUCUUUCCACUAAAGGACAUUUUUAGGCAUGGCUCAACAAAGUGCCUAGUUCAAUAUCUAUUUGGUAACCUAAUGUAAAAAUGGAGAAUUGGGCAUGCAUAAUGCCAAUAUAUAUCCAACACUAACCAAUAUCAGCAGAUAACCAAUAUGGUAUUAAUAUAUAUUGUGGAUUCAUCCUUACUUCGAAAAAUAUUACAGGAAUGCAACAGAAAUAACAAUCCUGUGGGAGCUGUGCAGUGAUAUGGUGGACUGCUGUUACACUAUGACUAUAUUAUAUAUUAUAGCACAUGUGGAACACGGUGUUAACCAAUCAGAAUCCAUUACCAGAGCUAUUUGGUUUAUAAACUUGCAAAGCCGGAUUUUUCCAGUCAUAGAAGUGGGCGACUGUAAAGUACAUGUCAGAGCUGGGUCAUUAGCAGGGUGGAAUGAGAGUGUGUUGAAUAGAGCUUUGUGGUCUUGGGACUCUCUGUGUUGUAUCACCUUCGCUGCAUUGACUAGCCUUGACUCAUGACUCUUUUGGCUUAACGAAACAGAUGGAUUUUUCCCCCCAUUUCCUCCCACCCUCCUGUGACACCGAGGAGCUUCCUGGGCCCCUGAGACGUGACUUCGGGCUGUGCGUCUCAUUUCCUGUGCCCCUGCUGGCCCAGACAAGCUGCCCUCUGAAUGACUACUGGCCGUACCAUACCGUCACCAUGAGCAAAUACUCCCAGUACUUUAACAAGACCCUCAUAGAGGUCCACUAUCGCAUUGCCAAGAACAUGAGCCAGAAGGAUUUAAAAGACCGCAUUGAUAGUAAACAAAGCCUGAGCAGCCUGAACAUUUUAUUUGUCAUAAUCUGCAGUAUCAUCAUCUUGGAAAACCUCCUGGUACUCAUUUCUGUGUUUCGCAAUAAGAAGUUCCACUCUGCCAUGUUCUUCUUCAUCGGAAACUUGGCCUUCUCGGACCUACUGGCUGGCUCUGCUUAUAUUGCCAACAUCUUCCUGUCAGGCCCUAGGACAUUUCAUUUGGUGCCUGUCCAGUGGUUCAUUCGAGAAGGGACUGCUUUCAUCGCACUAGCUGCCUCAGUUUUCAGCCUGCUGGCCAUCGCCAUAGAGCGCUACAUCGCCAUCACCAAGGUCAAAGUUUAUGGCUCCAACAAAACUUGCCGCAUGUUCCUUCUGAUCGGAGCAUGCUGGGUGAUGUCCAUCCUUCUGGGAGGUCUUCCUAUUAUCGGCUGGAACUGUAUUAAUAACCUGGGGGAUUGCUCCGCUGUCCUGCCUCUCAACUCCCGAUACUACAUCCUGUUCGUUGUCACCAUCUUUACCGUCAUCUUGCUGUCCAUUGUGAUCCUUUACGUUCGCAUCUACCUUAUUGUGCGUACCAGCCACCAAGAGGCCACCAAUUCUCCAGCUUAUGCUCUCCUGAAGACUGUUACAAUCGUGCUGGGCGUCUUCAUCAUCUGUUGGUUGCCCGCCUUCACCAUCCUUCUCUUGGACACUUCCUGUACGAUGGACCAGUGUCCUAUCCUCAACAAUGCUGCCGUCUUCUUUAGCUUCGCCACACUGAAUUCGGCGCUGAACCCGUUGAUCUACACGUUGAGGAGUAAGGACAUGAGGAAGGAGUUCCUCAGGGUGCUUUGCUGCUGGGGGCUGCUCAAUUGUGGCCGGCCUCCUCACCGCUGCAUGGUCCCACUCAAGAGCUCGAGUUCAAUGGAGCACUGCACCAACAAACACGAAAAUCAGUCAAUUCCCAUCAUGCAGGACUGCACUACCUGUGUUUGAUUUCGUCUCCUCAGGUGGUUGAAGAUGAGGGGAGACCCCAUCUUGGAGGCAAGGCACAGAAGAUGGAAGUGUUCAGAGAGCUCAUGGAUGAAACGAGAAUCGCAAUCAAUGUCUUUGGACUCUCGGACAUUUAGAGUAGAUGUCUGUGCUAGAGUUCUACUAUAGAGUGGAACUGUGCUACCAGAACUCCCAUGUGUCCUUUAUUGCUUCUGUCCUGGCAAAAGUUCACAGAAUAAGACCUUACCACGUAUUUGGCAUUUUAAGGCAAAUGAAAGAAAGCCAAAUUCAAAUGGGAAUAUGCAUUUAAGCUCUUUGACAAAACAUGAAAAAUCAAAGUUGCACUUUGUAGACUUCUAGGCAGCUUGGGAUUGCAUGUUUCUUGUAUGCUGACCAAGCUACCAGAAGUCACAUACAAGUUGUAUCCUAUCCUCAAGUAGACUGGUUCAGAGGUUCGAGUGGACAGAUGAAAUGUAAGGAUCGACAAUGCACUCCAUGUGAGCCAAACUACCAUGCAUGCUUGCAGAAUCGUAUUUAUCAAAUUACUUGAUAUACAUAACACCCUUUGAUUACCGUUUGACAAUAAAAGUAUUCCGCUUCAUUGUACUGCAUGUAAGUCUAACCUGUGUAAAACUAAUAUGUAUGGCAAACCUAUGUACAAUUGUCAAAGUUACUCCUCUUUGUCCAUCUUGUCCAUCUAAACUCACUGUCCCUUACUAUAUAUAUUUUUUUAACAUUCCUAAUUUUUCCUAAGAGGAAAGCACAAUCCGAAUGUGAUAACUGAAUUCCUGAUACGAGUUUCUCUCGAUGUAAACGCUGGUUGUGUUGGCAUGACAAUGCCGUAGCAUCGCUGCGGCAGCGUGUGCUUCGUUUCGUGCCCUCUUGACGAAUGGAACUGAAUAUAAGAAUGAAGUGUUACGAGCGAACGUUUUCGCUGAUCGACAGUAUUACCGAACAUCAUUGUUCUCCUGUUGAUUAUUGAGCUUGCAGCAACAAGAACGGGCACUCACUGUGAAGUCUUAACGACAUUUAAAGUUAACUGAAAUCAAUACGCCAUUGAUAAGAAAGGAAACUCUGAGAGUAGGACAAAACCAAGCAUGCCUUUCUCUCUUUUGAAGGCAUAUAUGCUGUCUUUUAAUAGGUCACAAGUCUUCUAAAGUAACUUUAAACUUCCUGCAACCACAGGAAGUCCGGUGUUUUCCAAUGCUUCUUCCUGUUGUUACGGACUGACCUUGAUGUUCUCAUACGUUAAUGUCAUUAGUCCAACACUUUCACUCGCACAAUCAUUCGCCGUUUAAUCCCAACAUGUUUUAGUUUCCUCUGCUGAUCACCUUAGUUCAGCAGAGAAAGCACUUUGGCAGCUCUUCCAAUACCGGCCUAAUGUAUUUUUUUUUCUUCCUUUCUUUUUUUUAAUGCAUGAAGAGUUUAAGCCUGUGUGAACAUCCCUAUUACUCCGUUCAAUGUAAAACAUUGCCUACCCUGUGGAACAAUGUUUGUUUUAUAUGAUAAAUAUAUGAAAGUAUGUAUGUAUGUAUCUGUGUACAGUAUGUAUGUAUUGUGUAUACGUAUAGAAUGUCUUGUGUGCAAUAGCCUCGUGUUUUAGUAGCAAGCUACCUGUGCUAAAUCGGUACAAUCCCAAACACUAAUGUAGGUACAUAGACAUUAGUUCAUUAUUUUUUUUUUUAAUAAAAAGAAAUUCAAUACAAAAAAAAAAAAAGUGUCAUUUGUCUGUUGUUGUUCUCAGUUAAAUAUAUUUUGUAAGGCUGUAGUUGAAAAUAUCUCGAUGGUUUCACACAUGCUUUUAGCAAUUAGCAUACACCAAAAAGUGUAACUUCUGGAUUUGUUGUAUUGUGCGUGACAUAGAAGUGAUUAAUGCUGCUACGUAAUUUGUUUUGAAUUUCAGUCCUACGCAGUAUUGAGUUUCAAUCUGCACACAAGAGCUUUAUCCCACAUAUUACAGAAAUCUGACUAGACAAUAAAAAAGGGAAACUAAAUGCUAACAUGCACGAACAUGGUUAAGGCCCGACUCGCUAGGACUUGAAUCUGUUUGCUAACAAUAUUGCUUAGAACUGCAGCUGGCCUUGAUUUCUAACAGUCCUAUAAGUGCCAGUUUCAAAGUUUUGCAGAGUGCAGAUGUUUAGCCAAAGGGUUUUAUAGGAAAGAAGGGAGUGUGAUGAGAGAUCAAUAGGAAUGGCAUUAUGGGAAAGGGGUGUCUGGGAGGCCAUUGGCUGGGUCGGCACGACCUUAAAAAAAAAAAGAUUGUGAACUCUGAUUGAGUGGGCUUAAGGGUGGUCUGGCCUGGUUGUUGUCAAGCAUCUAGAAUUCCUGGGUGGGAACACCAGUCCGCCCUGGGAGACAACACAGCUGGGAAUAUGGCCAAGAGUUAGCAGGAAGUGACAUCAGCCAUACUGAAACAGCUGCAAACAUAUAGGGUUGUUUUCAGUACAGUCUUUGUGAUUAAUGACCAUUCUGUACUCCCACUCCACCCCGCCGCAUAUGUGAGAACAAUUUUAUUCUGAGAAGACGCGCACCCAUAGCAGUAACUACAACUGCUGUACACGAGUGUCACCUUGUGUUUGGACAAAGAAAAGAGUCUAACGUUAUGUAAAAAAAUAAAAUAAAAUGUACUGGUCUGUUGCGCCAUCUGUGGGAUAAA